AUGUCUGAACCGAGGAAUUUAAGUGACGAACCUAUUCUUGACUCAGGAGCAAGAUAUAAGGUUGGAGAGCCAUCUCAAGAUGAAAUUGAAGAUCAUCGAUCUAAAUUGUCUAUGAUUGCUGGAUUAUCUGUAAAUGAUGGUGUUGCUACCCUCAGUACACUACAAGGUAUUGGGUCCGGUCCUUCAGCACAUCGUCACCGAAGACGACGCAAACGUAUUGGAUCGAGUAACACAAGGGAAGAUAGUUCUAAAGCAUUUCCUACUAAUCCAAGUGAACAUGUCAUGUUUCUGUUGGGUGAAUGUGAUGGUGACGAUGAACAAACACAUCAGUUAUUCUGUGAAUUAGAUGAGUUAUGGAAUGAUCCAUCAGGAUCAGGAGAAACAGAGUGGCGAGAAGCCGCAAGAUGGAUAAAAUUUGAAGAAGAUGUUGAAGAGAAUGGUGAACGUUGGUCUAAACCUCAUGUGGCAACACUUCCAUUAUUCUCAUUAUUUGAAUUACGUAGUUGUUUAGCUAGUGGAGUUAUUAUGCUAAACUUAGAAAGUUAUACAAUGGAACAGAUUGCAGAUUUAGUAUUGAAUCUAUUAGUAUCAGAAGAACGUUUACCUUUGGAACAAAGAGAUCUACUAUUUGAUGUAUUACUACGUCGACAUGUUCAUUUGCAUGAAAGAUUACGACCUAAACUUAUCGGUAGAAGUGCAACAAAUCUUCCAUUAAUUCGAUCAUUAGCUGAUAUUGGUAAACGACAUUCAGCCAAAGAUGUUGAAAAAGCUGGUGAAACGCCCUAUCAUACAUCAUUAGCUAAAAUGCCUACACUGACUGGUAUGGAUUCUCUUGAUCCUGCAACAGCCGCACAUAUUACCGCUCAUGCACAAGCACAAACCUCGGGACCAUCUGAAGUUAUGUCUGGUAGUCUACAAGGAAAGUAUGAUUUACAUUUCUUAAAAAAAAUUGCCCCGGAUCAGAGACAUCGAAUAUCUUGGUGGGCGAAACCACCUUUCUGA